AUGUGCCCAGCAUUGUUGGUGCCUUAUGAAGCUUAUGCUUUGAGCAAAGAGGAGGCUCAGCAGCCUCCCAUAGACACAGAUCUCUGUGAGUUCCUGACUGGCAAGACCAUCACCCUCGAGGUUGAGCCCAGCAACACCACCAAAUACGUCAAUGCUAAUAUCCAAGUCCAGGAGGGCAUUCCGCCUGACCAGCAGUGUCUGGUUUUUGUGGGCAAACAGCUGGAGGAUGGCAGCACUCUGGCAGAAUACAACAUCUAUAAAGCGUCAGCCCUGCACUUGGUACUUCCUCUGCAGGGUGGCAUCUUGGAGCCCUCCCUCCACCAGCUCAUCCAGAAGUAUAACUUCGACAAGAUGAUCUGCUCCAAGUGUUGGGCCAUUUGCCUGCACCCCCAUGCUGUCAACAAGUGUGGCCAUACCAGCAACCUGUGCCCCAAGAAGUGA